AUGAGCAAGUUGGGCAAGUUGUUUAAAGGGACCCGCUCCUCCCGGGCCCGCGCCGCUCCCAGCCCCCAGGAGGCCCUGGCCCGCCUCCGGGAGACCGAGGAGAUGCUGGCCAAGAAGCAGGAGUACCUGGAGAACCGAAUCCAGAGGGAGCUCGCCCUAGCCAAGAAGCACGGCUCCCAGAACAAACGAGCUGCCUUGCAGGCACUGAAAAGGAAGAAGAGACUGGAGAAGCAGCUCACGCAGAUUGACGGCACGCUUUCUACCAUCGAGUUCCAGCGUGAAGCUCUAGAGAGCUCGCACACCAACACUGAGGUCUUACGGAACAUGGGCUUCGCAGCCAAGGCGAUGAAAGCCGUUCAUGAAAACAUGGACCUGAACAAAAUCGAUGACUUGAUGCAAGAUAUCACGGAGCAGCAGGACAUUGCCCAAGAGAUCUCAGAAGCCUUUUCUCAAAGGGUUCAGUUUGCCGAUGGCUUUGAUGAGGAUGAGCUGCUGGCAGAACUUGCGGAACUGGAGCAGGAAGAAUUAAAUCAGAAGAUGAAAAACAUGGAGCUUCCAAACAUACCUUCCUCUUCCCUCCCGGCACAACCCAGUAGGAAGUCCAACAAGCCCUCCACUGCACACCGAUCUCGAGCAGCGUCGUCCAGGAGGACAGAGGAAGACCAUGACUUCAAGCAGCUGGCGGCUUGGGCUACUUAA